AUGAAGUUCAACAAGCUUGUUAGCUCGUCAAGUCGGAAGUCUCGCUUUAGACACUUUAAUGCCCCAUCACACAUACGCCGACGUCUUAUGAGUGCACCUCUUUCAAAGGAACUUCGAACAAAGUAUAAAGUUCGUAGCAUGCCAAUUAGACGUGGAGACGAAGUCCAAAUUGUGCGCGGUGAACGAAAGGAGAAUUCUUCUGCCAAGGUUAUUAAAGUGUACAGAAAGAAGUUCGUUAUCCACAUAGAACGUGUACAAUGCAAGAAAAGCAAUGGAGUGUAUGUCCCUAUAGGCAUCCAUCCCUCCAACGUUGUCAUAACUAAGCUAAAGCUCGACAAAGAUAGAAGAAACCUUUUGGAGAGAAAAGCUGCUGCUAAGCUUGCUGGUAUGGAUAAGAACAAGUACACAGAAGAGGUCUUGGAAUCAUAA